AUGCAGCUGAUACGAGAACAUCAACAGAAUGGAUGGUGUUGGACAAACAUUAUGGACAAAGUGUUUGAAGUUCUCCAUUCAGAAAAGUUUUUAAAGAAUGAUUUUGUAACUUGCCUUGAAUCUUUAAAAUUUACAGCUGGAAUGAAGGAGACGUGUAAUUACUUACAGAGUAACAGUGUAUCUACAAUAAUCAUCUCUGAUUCCAAUAGUUAUUUCAUUGAUCAUUUACUAGAGCGCGACUCUUUACAUUGCACUUUCUGCAGCAUUUACACAAACCCUGCUGGCUGGAGGAGUGAUGGUCGUUUGCAUGUGGAACGAUUUCAUGAGCAUGAAUGCACUGUCUGCCCUCUGAAUCUUUGCAAAAGGAAAGUUCUUCAGACUCAUCUUGCUGAUUGUGCUGAACGCUAUGAGUCCAUUGUUUAUGUUGGUGAUGGACACGGUGAUCUUUGCCCUUCUCUUGCAUUAAAACCUGGAGAUUACAUCUUGGCAAGAAAUGGGUACAAACUUUUAAAAUGCCUGAAAGGAGAAAAAGGAGAAGAAGUGAAGGCAGAUGUCAUACCUUGGUCAUCUGGUUUUGAAGUGCUCCAAUUCUUUCAGCAGUUAUGUGAAUAGCAAACAAAGAAAACACCAACUGUUUUCUUAUUGAUUAUUUCCUAUCAUAAAUUUGUUAGGAAAGGUUGCCCUAAUUUUGCCCACUAAAACAUUACUUUAUUUUGUUGGAGUUGAGUGGCUAGUAUGCAAUAAAAAGAUUAUACUUUUAGUUUUAGCUGUUUGCUUAGAUCAAGACUGGUUAGGCUCCUCUGCAACCCGUCUUAGGCUUGUCAUGCCAUCCUUGCAUGACGAACCAUAAUAAAAUAUCCAAGGUACUUAAAGGCUAAACUAAUAAAGAGGAAACUCUUGGUUUUGAGAAUUACUGAAGUCUGAUCAUAGAUCAGUGAUAGCUUUCAGUCUCCAAGGUACUAAUCAGGCUGGUUGCGUAGGCUGUGAGCAAGCUCUCUAGUGCACCUCUGAAUUAAGGGUGCCAUUCAGAUGAUCCUUGGAGGCUAGAACCCUCAAGUCACGGCAGGUGUUAGUGGCCUUUGUGGAGUCAGAUUUCAGGCUAGGGCCCACUGGGAUCACCUGAUGUGCAGUCUGCCCGAAAAAUCACACCCUCCUUCAUGUACCAAAUUAACCUUAAACAUGUUACUUCCUUAUUGUCUAUCUUGAACAUUUGGCAGUGUUUUCUUAUCAGGGUCAUGUAAGACAUACUGUGUAGUAAUAAAUGAUUUGGGUUAAAUGUUUAUGUUUUCUCGAGGUUUGUAUAUAUUGAGAAACAUGUGGGGUAAUAUGGGACAUAUUGGCUAGAUUUUUUCAGGUAUAAAUUUUGUUUUUAGAUUAAUGUACCUCACACUCAAUUUCAAAAACUCCUGGGCCAUACACCCCCAAACCUGGAAAAUAUUGCCUUAUCCACUUUUAGGCCUGACUCCAAGUCCUUUAUAACCAAAGAAUGAGUUCUUACUUACAUUUUACACCAAUUAAAUGGUUUAAAUAAAAUACAAAAUUUCUCCGUGAAUCUUUAGUGAGGACCAAAGUGAGUUAAAUCAGCCUCUACCCUCCCUUCAUUGAAUGAGAUUAAUGCAUGGAGGGUACUUGAAUCCCAGAGGGGUGGGGGUAAUCCUCAUAAUUAUUGUCUAAAUGGGAAGGCUCUGCUUUAAGGGGUGGGGGUACCUUUAUUAGGCUUUAGGUAAAUGAAUUUUAAGAAAGGGUAGGGAUUUUUCUAUUUGAAGUAUAAGAAGAAGGGAAACCUGUCCUUUUUUGGUCUGUUAAAAGGCCCAAAAGGGCUGACAGACACAUUUUAUGGCUGUGAAAAAGUCUAGAAAUGAUCUGGUUUUGUGAUUUAUUCAUAUUUUUAAGACAAAGCAUUUACAGCAGUUAAAAGUGAUGCAAGGGUCUAAACUAGCUAUGUGAAAGGGGUACCCUUUUAAAAUAGAAGGCAUAUGAAAGGGGUUCCUUCUCUGUCAACAGUGGUGUAUAAAAGGGAAAGGGGUGUGACCUUAGGGUGGAACCUCCCCAUAUAAAAAUUUUUUUGUACCCCCCCCUCCCUCCCUCAAACCACUGGGACUUUAAUUCUGAGUGUGAGUACAGCUGCUACAGCUGUGUUUGCCAGCUCAACUUAAAGCUGGCCAAUACUUUACAUUUAAAGAAUGAUACUUUAUAUUUCAAGGGCUGGUGCUCAGCCCGAGGACCUUUAUGUUUUUGAUCACCCCAAACAAUUAUAUUUUUAGCUUCACUAAAAUGAUUAGCUCAAUUAGAUAUUUUAAAUAGCUUGUCAAAAUAGACACAAUGCUUUAACAAAUUCCUAUUUCUUGCUGCACGUAGCAUAAGGUAUUCUCGCAGACGGAAUUUUCUGGAAUUAUCUUAUGCAUUAAAUUUUUUUGGUAUGGAGCAAAGGGAAGUUAAUUCCAUUCAAGUUCAACAUAUCUGAAAACCUGUAAUCCCUUAAUCUUCAACUCCUGCUGCUUCAUUGUGGUCAGUAAUGACAUAGUACACAUACGACAUUGAUAUGGAAAUUUUUUACCACAGUUAACAAUAGUUACAGGACAAUACCAAAAGUUAUUUGCCAUUUUGAACACGAUUUCCAAAGGAUUUCAAAAUCUUUCAAAUGUAGAUUUUAAAAAAGACAUUGAUAACUUUAUAGCUGCGUUAGUUAAGUCAAUUUAACGAUACCAUUUCAUCGCCAAAAUAAAUGUUGCUUUUGUGGCUUAGGAUUUCUGAACACUCAUCAAUCCUCAAAAAGAAUUUACAUCUUUAUCAUCCUAGGAAUUACCGUCCCCGGGAAAUGACUUACCCCACUCCUAAUCCAUAAAAAAGCGUAAGCCAGAUCUUUCAUCUUUGUUCCUCCUUUUUUUAUUAUGCUUGUACUUGUAACUUAACCUGGUAUAUUCCCAAUUAAUUGUAUUUAUCACCAUAAAGAAUGCGCAAUGGCUUAGCUGAUCAAUUUAUAUUUUCUCUCUUCCAGCGCAAGUCAAAUGAUCAACGGUGCCCUUUGUCAAUGCGCACAAAAACCUUCACCGCUUCAGCGAAGCGUUAAUUCGCGGUCCAUGACGGUUGAGUUGCAAUUUUUGAAACGGAUGCCCUAGAAAAUUGGAUUGGAAAAACACCGCUCUCGCUCUUAGACCGAUGUCAAGGUAAGUUUAAUUUGAGGUAAACUUAAGCUUAUAUCGGGGAACAUAUUAGGAUGAUAGUUUCAAAGUCCUCUUGCACAUCAAAUCGGUUCGGUUCUGCUAAAUUCAAAUGUUUCCACUGCCAGAGGGAAGAUCGUACAAUUCCUACUCGCUUUCGAGUACGACUUGUCGUUCUUGUGCUGAUAAUUGAUAGAAUAAAAGCAACACGGUGAUAACGGCUCAUGAUAACAGAUUUGAGUUGGUGAUGUCAAAUAUGGUACGAAUGACAGAAAUGAACAACUUGCUUUUGUAGCUCCUAAGGUUAUUAACAGCUUCAGAGUCUAAGACCACAAUUAAAGAAAAAAAGCCUGCUGUGGGCUUUUUAAAAUUUUACAGAGUGAAAACAUACAAACUUCCGAUUCGUAAGUUUGUCGCGUGGUAGUUAAAUACUGUAAACAAUCUAGAACUUGCUUUUUGUUGCUGAUAAUUGCACUUACACGAUAUGAAGGUGACGAAGUUUGUCAAGAAAGCAUUGUAGGUUUGGCAGUUGAAAGAACUGGUAUUUCACUACUUCUUUCGGUGGAAGGUUGAAAAUCCGUGCUUCUGCGAAUGUUUAUGUUUCAAAGUGUUUGUUUCCUUCUCUCAGUAUUAAUGAUAUUGGCGAUGCUAUGAUGAUUCGAUUAUAAGUGCGACCGCCAUAUUAUAAUAGCUACCAGCCACGUUACACAUCCGGUACAAUGAAUUACCCAAGAAUAAUACAAGAUAAUACCAGAUAAUUAAGAUUUGUGUUACACUUCCUUCAAGGUCAAGUUUUCGCAAAAUGAAAGGAAAACAACACGUUACUUUUCGUAAAAAAUGUGCGCGGCUUCACUGUAUGUUUACUCUUGCAUGAAUAAUUUCCUUAAUAUGCAUGUAAAUUCACUUAUUCGUGCCGUGAUAGCAAAUUGAAAGAAGGCUUGUUGGACGUCUAUAAUUUCUAUAUUUGCUAUUAGCUGAAUAUACUUUUCCUUACAAUUCUUUGAAAGUGACCUUUGAAAUUGUACAUUUUUAUAUUUUUUGUUCAACUUGGUUACUAUUUCCUUGUGAGUGUGUUAACCUGUAUAUGGACAUGGUGUCCGCAUUAGUACUGAGGUGUCCGUAUCAGCGAUGUAGGAACUGCAUGAAGUUUGGUAUCUUCAGGACUAAAAACUGUCCAUGAUAUAGGUGUACGUGAUUAUUAUCAUGGUGUCCCUACAGAGAUUUGAUGGCAGAUUCGUACAGCCAUCAUUAAAUUUAACUAAAUGUACUGCAUGAUAUACAUAAAAUGGUCCAGGUUUAGUUACGUCAGUGUAAAGUAAAUGAAAAUGCAUUUGGUAGAAGCUAAUAGAUUAGGUAAAGCUUCACUACUGAUCAGUUUGGAUUAGACCAAUAUAAUUAUACUGAAAAAAAAUUUCCCAUUCCAUUUGUGUAUCUGUGGAACAUUUGGAACUCAGACUGUCCAGUUUAAUUAAUUUUUCCACCCAUAGUCACACACAUGUAGAGGGAGGGAUCAAUUGUGAGGACUUCACUCUGCUCUGUAUGUUGUUAAUAUCCACUGAGAAAGUCCCAGAAAUUAUUUCUCCAGGAAUUAUCUUAAGUGCAGUUUUUACAUAUGGUCAAAGUUUUAUUCUGGUUAAAAUUAUUUAACCUACGUUUAUUGUGACCAAAGUUUACUCAUUGAAGUUUACCCCCCUCCCCUUCAAAAUGAUAGGUAAUCUUGGCUUCAUCAUCUCACAAGUUUAUGGUCAAAUGAAAAGUCAACACAUUUGUUUCUCAGCCCACUGUUUCUGCAAUUAGUGACAAAUAAUUGAAAAAAAGUUAUGUGAAAAAAAAUUAAUAAUAAUUUUUUUUUUGUUCCCCCUCUCAGAGGAAAAUUAGUGGCAUUUUUGACUCCCUGUUGUAUUUAAUUUAAUUCUCAUUAGUUGAACUGUAGUUUUAGGCUGCUACCCAAGAUAAAUUUUGAAGAUCAAUAAAGGAGAAAGGAGAUUACAGUGUUAAAUGCCACUAGGGCAAACUGGGCUUUCUGGAAGUUAGUUGGUGAAAGUGAAAAAAUAAUGUGAUUAUUAUGAAGGAGCAUUGCCUUUUCGUUUUUUAAAAAACUAAAUUUAUUAUUUAUUUGAAAUGAAAAUAAUGUUACUUGCAAAUGUUAUAAUAUGCUUUCAAUUUUUUAUUGUAAUAACAUUAAUUUCUCUUGUGUCUGAUCUUUUCUCUUGUCAAAUUUUCCUUUCAUUGGUUGAUUUUACAAUACUUUGCUAGAGACAGCUGUCAAUAAGUAUUUCUUUUAUUGAAUAAAGAAAUAAACAAAACACUGCCAUAUUUGGGUUUGAUUGAUCAACUCAUUAUUUAAGAGUUUUAAAUUAUAAUUAUCAGCGGUUUUGAGCAUGGGUUUCAUUUUAAUAAGUGAAAUUUCUACCACUAAAUAGAAAUCAGCUGCAGCUGCCACAUAUAACGUAACACAGAACUAGGUAUGCUGAUUUUUGUAGUAUUCAUUGGUUAGUGUAUUUAGUGAUUGAUGCAGGAGUCCUAAAGUUGCGUAGUUACUACUACUUUUCAGUACAGUCAUUUACUUUGACCUGGAAGAACUCUCUACUCAUAUCAUGUCUUCAUGUCUAGCAAUAAUUUAAUUGGAAAAAUAAGUCUAGCCAUACAUAGAGGUAAGUCUGGUGAGAUUCUACAGUGACUCAUAUUUUACUUAGACAAAACACACUCUGUAAAGGUUUGCUUUAAAUUUUUGUAUUUUAAUGAAAAAUAUCAUCUUUAAAUGCCAGGAGACCUCAUGGUGUCAAAAAUUAAAAAUUACAGUUUCAGUUAUAGUUUUUGAGACCUGUGCUGACACAAACAGAUACAUGCAGGUAGACAAGAAUGCUGAUAUGACAAAUUAAAUUUUUCUUACUAUUAUAUUAGAUUUCUAAACAGAAAAGAUUUUAAGCACCUCAUGACUGAUUUUGUCAUUGCAAAUGAAAAUAGUUUUCUCUGAAUUUAAUGAUUUUUCAGACAGGAGUUCAAAAUAAAAGCAGGAGGAUAUCAAUAUUGAAUAUUGGGGAUAUUGAAAAUGCUUGUGGUCUAAAUUUCAUUGUCUAUGUGCAGUAUAUAAUUUAUUAACACAGGUGAAAAUGUUUUUAUUUUGACUAAAUUUUUUCCCUUAAAAGAAAUAACCCAACAAAGUUUUUAGCUAUGACAUGUCUAUUUCAAUAUUAUCAGAGAACUACUUUUAAUACAGAUUUUUUAAAGAGAUGUGUAAGACGUUAUAUUUUUACUGUAAGUUUUAGAACAGUACUUAACACCUGUUUUAUUUUCAAAAGAUAAUAUUUCAUACUGAAUUUGAUCUACUUUUAAGCUUUUAGACAUAAACAUACUUUAUUUAAACACAGUUAAGACGUCAGUAUAAAAUGAUAAUUAGAAUCUAAAGUACUGCAGGUUUACGUGUUUGCCGUGUGAGUGCCUGUUGAUGAAUAUAAGACGUCCCUUUUUAAACCUUGUAAGGGUUAACGGCUUACAUAGUUCGUAUGGCAGUCCAUUCCAAAGGACAGCCCCUGAACACCCAAGAUUUCGCUCAAGAUACUCAGUCCCUGGUUUUGGGUACAUGCAAGAUGUUCUCAGAGCGCCGGAUAUUGUAGUAAAAAUCACAAACAGAGAACAUAUCUUGCACGUAGGGGGGCAUUUGAUUGUUACGUGUUUUGGACAUGACAACUGCCUUUUGUUUUAUUAAGCUAAUCAAAACCCUGUCCCAUCCAAGCAUGUUCAAAAGAGGACCCGCACUUGCAUCAUACCUAGAUUUGGUAAUUAUUACUCUGGCAGCGUGGUAUUGUAAUUUUUGUAGUUUAUUGUUCAAAGUUUGGCUGAGACCAUCCAGGACACUAAAGUACAUAAAGUGAAUUCCGUUCUAAAUAAAUUAUCUAUCCAUCUUAAACAAGCUUUGAGAAGCACAUUUAAGUCUCUAUUUAUUGCUACUUAAGAUGUAAUAAUAGGAAUAAUCAUAGUUAAUAAAAAUUCCUUUGCUUACCCUUGGCAAUACUCAGCACAAAGGCUUGUGGGGCUAAGAAAAUAAGAAACAACAGGUUUUAGAAUCGAAUUUGCCUGGAGGCAGCAAACCUGUUGGCUAUUUACAAACAUGGUCAAGGAUUUGAACUUGAGAUUGGUUCAUGUACAAUAUUGAAAUGGGUAACAAAUUGAAUAAUAAAUAGACUAUGCUUUAUAACUUAGCAAUGAUGCUACUUAAAUUGUAACUUUAGUUUCCUUUUUUUCCUUUUCAUUUUCAUUCUUAGUUGUGUAACAUUCAACAGUUUUUAAGCUGAUAUGUAUUUUUAUUAAUAUUGUUUUUAUUUUCUUUCAAAAAGAUGAGACCUAACAAGCUUACAGCAUUGUUACUGAUGGCUGCUGCCAUUAGCUUAAGCCAAGGGCAAAACAUAACAGUAAGCCCAUCUGCAACUACUGCUAAUUCCAGUUCAGUGGAUAACCUUACUACUACUACUGUGCCAACAACAAAAUUACAGGAAACCACAGGCAUACCAACUAAUGCCACACCACAAAACAAUGCCACCCCUGGAAUAAAGAAGAGUGACUGUGACGGCUUUGAAGUGUUUGUGUUGAAUAACCAGCUCAAUAUACCAUACAUCGUCACAUGCUGUAUCACUGUCCUGUGUGGAUUUUACCUGGUUAUUUUUGGUAAGAUAAAUCUUCACACGAAAGUAAAAAAGUGUCUGUUACUUUCUUUUCCCCUUGUCUGUCAUGCACCUCUCCUUGUGGGAGGCAAUUUACCCCCCUCCCCUCCCCCAACAUGCCAAAAGCUCUGCUACAAAGGACGUAAGGUUUAGCUGUAGUAGUCUCUGGUUUCAUUACACAGUAUGGUCAUAAUCUCAUUAUUUGUUAGGUUGACCAAAGGCAUUAGUCAGCCAAUUAAACUUUUCGAUCGAGUCAGCCUGACGCCCAUGAUGUGUCCAUGGGUCUACUCCAGAAAUUAGCCAAAGAAAGGUUCAGUAGUUUCAAUGUGAAAUCUCAGGGCUGGGGACUUUUUAACAGGAAAGGGGAACAUUUUUUGUAAGAUUUUCUAUUCAUGCAGCCUGGAUGCGAGUACAGAUUCUCACUAAUACGACAGUUUGAGCUACACCUGUACACUGUAUGUGCACUGUUUUGCUUUUGGAUAAUAUUUUGAACAAGUAGAGGAACAAGCAGAUCAGUACAGUUUCAGAGACCAUUUAGCAUUGUUGUGAGCUUAACACAUUACAUGUAUUCAAGUUACUCUGCAUUGUCAGUGCAAUCUAGUAAUAGUUUUGUAUCCUGACUGUGUGUUUGCAGGAUACAGAUUUUUCAAGUGCAGUCUCUUCCUGCUGGGCUUCUUAUUUGCAACAUUUGUUACCUACGUCAUCUGCAGUAACCACGCUGAUCUACCCACCUGGGGCCUGGUGGCAGUCGCUGUUGCUGUAGGAAUAUUCUGUGGCCUGCUAACAACAUUUGUUACAUACUGUGGAUUAUUUCUGGGAGGUUUUGGUCUUGGCUUUUUCAUUGGGGUUGCCAUCUUCUUUAUUAUUGAGACAUUCUAUCAUGUGACCAUCAGAUGGAUACCUUUCGGAGUGCUGCUUGGUUUGAGUCUGAUAUUCGGUCUUUUGACGAUGAGAUGGCAAAAGGGUUUCUUCAUUGUGGCCACAUCUCUCAUAGGGGCGGCCAUGAUCACAGGCAGUGUGGACUACUUUGUGGAAGAGUUUGUGUUGAUAAGCUACACUUGGCAGAUAAUUAUGGCAGAAGAGGGCAAGAUAGGCUGUUGGGUGACAUGGAUUAUUUUGUCAAUAUUGCCAGUCUUGUUCGUUCUUGGAAAUGUGGUGCAGUUCUGCAAAACAGGAAGAAGCGUGUCUCACAGGAAAAGUAAGCUAUUUUCUGUCUAUCUUUCUGUGGUUUAAAUGUCAGGGGAAAAUCAUUAGUAUUUAAAUAUGGCCAAAAUUUAAUAUCAUUUGGGCAAAGUUAAACUUGAGCGAGUUGGCCAGCGGUCUUCUCCGACUGCAGUACGUAACCUACGGGGCGGUCCUUGGGGAAUUGCAGGGCUCCUUGUGUGUUCUUUUGCUAGUGUUGCGUUGCAUUGUAGCUUUGCUUGCUGAUCGUAGCAGAUCAAUUUUUGCCUUCUUGCAAAUCAUUGCAGAUUCAGCCUUUUGGGCUUCUCCCACCCCCACAUUCAUCUUUGUUGACGAUUUUAAUACCAUUGUAAGAAGAAGCAUAACUUUGAACAUCACUGAUCAUUAUUCAUUAUUUAUUAAACAUAACACUCAGGUGCCUACACAAUUUGUUGACUUAGAUAAUAAUGAUUUUUCAAAAUUAGAUGUCAGAAGUGGCCUGAACAUGUAACAUGCCAUUACAAGACAGUAGAAUUGUAUUGACCUGAUAUUUGUGCAUUAUUGCUUUUCAGUCCAAAUUGAAUUUAUUAAUUUUAAUUACAAAUAGUUUUUAAAGGAAUAGAGGUAUUGUAUUCAAUACAACUUCGAAAUGAAAAAAAAGCUGUCAGUUUAAAGACUGACUACACUAAUUUACUAAUCUACUGUUUCUUUCUCUACUGCAUUGUUUUUGGCCAUUCAUUUAUUUGUAUCAUCAAUUAAAUAAAGGGUCAAGUAAACAUUCAACACUUGUUCAUAACUGGGCAUCCAAAGUAAAGUUUACAAGUAUUUCCUAUGUGGUGUGCCCUUUAGUUAUCUUGUGUAAAUAUAUUAACAAAUAAAUGUUUGAAAUUUUAACAUCUGAUGUUAAUUGAUUUUUCAAGGUCAGAGAUUCUCAGCUGCAAGGGGAAGAUAAAGCUAUGAGGAGAUAUUGCUACUUAAACAGCAGUUGUAAAUUAUGUAACAUGUAUCUCUUGAUCUUUCAGGGUCAGAUUCUGUGUCUCUGCAAGGGGAAGAUAAAGCAAUGAAGAGAUACCGCAGCUUAAACAUGAAUGGGGAUGUAGUAGCUAAGGUGGGCAUAGUAAAACUACAUGUAGCCUCAGUUGCCAGUUUUUUAGUAAAGCAUAUUAAUAUAAUUAUCAAUAUAUUAUUUUAAUCACAGUCUGUACAUGUAUGCAUUUGUGUGGAUUGGCUCCUUGUUGUUUUGACUGACAUGUCUGUUGUUAUGUAUUUUUUGUUGCAGUCCUACUAUACCAGAGAUGAUGAAGAAGGACGUCCAACAGAAGUUUAAACCCAGAGUCUUCAAAGUAUCAACCUAUGAAUUCAUUCUUUGGAGUAGUCAGAAAUUUCUUGUAACAAUACUGUAUACCACAUGGAUGUUGUAUGGACUCAAAAUAUUAUGGUUAUGCCUUGUUAUUAUUGUUAUAAUUUGGCCAGAUCAUAAUGCAGAUAAAAUGAUCAACUGAUUGAAAACAUGCUAUCAGGACUAUUCCAGGAAUUCAAAACUCAACAAACUGUUCUCGAUUGGUGGACAGAGAUUUGAAAGUUAUCUCUGUCUAUCAUUGUGUUUAAUUUUCAUUAAAUACAUAAUUUAGGACACCAUUAGAAUUGUAACAUGUUGUGUUACUGUUUUUUACUUAUGGCAAAUGAUUGCAAAAUCAUUUUACUUGUGGCAAAAGUAGCUUUUAACUUUAAAUUUAUCAUUUCGGGGAUCUGUGUUUUGAUUGUUGUAAUCAAAUUAGUAUGAUAUAUUUUGCUACAGAAAGGUGAUAUUUUUCAUUGAUUUUUACCUUUUAAGAGGGCAAUGAUUUUUGUUUCUGCUAAUUGUCUUGAGAAUGAUUAUGUACAGGCAUCAUUGUAAGAUAUAAGUAAAGAUUACAACUAUUGCUAUGAAUAAAUAUACCUGCAUACAUGUAGGUUAUCUAUUCAUAGUAUAGAAGAUAAAUUUUAGAGUUUCAUAAGUAUUCAACUUAAAGUAAAUUUACCGUUGCAUGAGAGGGGACUAUCAUACAUGUUCAAAUUUUACCAAUUACUGCAUUCAUUACACAUCUGAUUUAUAAUAAUCUGGUUAUUUUCAUUCAUGAUGUCAAAACUUUAAACACAAGUUGCCAGGAUUGUUUAAGUAAUAUUUGAGGCAUAGGGAAAUUUUGUAGUAAUAGUGUACAGUUCACUUAAUAAAAGAUGUAUCUAGAGCAAUGAUAAAGUUGUACAGGCAUCCCAAAGGUGAACAGUUGUUUUGUACAUUCCUUACUAUACCACAUAAUGCCCAUUUCACCGGAUCCUUGCUCAUGUCUCUUGGUCACUUGGUAGCUGUUUGCGUGAGAGAGACUCUUGGGAAAUCGUGUAUAUACACUUAUUGUAGGCCGCCCUGCAUUUUAAUCCAGUACCCACAAACAAUGGAGCUAACAGCCAAAAGAUCAAAGUUGGCUGGACAAUUUCAUACAAAUCAGUGUCCCAGGGAUGUAGAACAGGUCUAUUGUAAUUUCCUCAUAUUUAUAGUAGCAGAGUCCCCAUUUUAAUGGCCAAACUGAAAAGGGGCAUGAGAAAGAGUGAAUGUGGGUGUGGGUGGGUGUUUUGUUUUGAAGAAGUUUAAAUGACUGUGCGUGUGUUCAUUGACGUUUUCCCUUUUAAGGGAUGGACCAUUAGAAAAGUUAUGGGGGAUUGGGGAAUUUUUGAGCUGCAGGAAUUUUUUUCAUUAUCAAAUUCCUUGUAUGAAUUUUUUUUAGGCCGUAGCAUGAAUAUUUUUUAGGGUUAAUUGGCAUGCAUGAAUUUUUUUCCACUUAAUAUUCCCUUGCGCACAUAUUUUCUUUGUACUUCGCCCACCCCGCCCCCCAUAAGUUUUCUAAUGGUCCAUCCCUAAUGAACAUCUUAGAAUUUAUAACUGUUCAAUCUUUCGUUUGGUGUGACU